GAGUUGCAAUACUAAUGGCUGAAAAACUUUUCUUCAAUUUCUAUGAAACACAAAAACAUCAAACAGAAAGAAGAAAUUAAAGAUUGAUGUUUUUUUUUUCUUUUGACUAAAAAUUAAAGAUUGAUGUUAUAAUGAUAGUUGAAAUGCAAAUUUGUGUUUGAAGAAAUCGAACGUUAUGCCACCGAGGAACAACAACCAAUUCCUACCCUACUUGGCAUUCAUCGUCUUCUCCGCCAUCUUCGUCUUCAAGGUUUCUUACCUUUUUUCACCUACCGAUUAUCAAAUUCAAAUAUAUACAAAUUAUACGACGCUGAUGAUAAUAAAUUUCAAGCAAUCAUCAAACAAUGGAACGUUUCACGAGCAUUUCAUGAUGUCGUGGGGCGAGGAGCACGCACGCGUGCUGAAGGAGGGGGAGCUGCUGACGUUGUCCCUCGACAAGAAAUCCGGGUCGGGCUUCCAGUCUAGGAAAGAGUUGUUGUUUGGAAAAGUGGACAUGCAAAUGAAGCUUGUCCCCGGUAACUCCGCAGGCACUGUCACAACUUAUUAUUUUUCAUCACAUGGUGACUUUCAUGAUGAGAUAGACUUUGAAUUUUUGGGGAAUUCAAGUGGAAAUCCCUACACACUCCACACUAACAUCUUCAGCCAGGGAAAGGGUGACAGAGAACAGCAAUUCUUUCUUUGGUUUGAUCCAACUGCAGAUUUUCAUACUUAUUCCAUUCUUUGGAAUCCCAAAUGCGUUAUCUGGUUGGUGGAUAACAUAGCAAUAAGGGAGUUCAAGAACAUAGAGCAUUUAGGUGUUCCAUACCUUAAAGAUCAACCCAUGAGGAUUUAUUCAAGUUUGUGGAACGCUGAGGAUUGGGCGACGCAGCAUGGCCUCAUCAAGACCGAUUGGAGCCUCGCUCCAUUCACCGCCGCCUACCGGAAUUACUCCCUCGACGGUUGCGUCUGGUCGCGCCUCACUAGAACCUCCUCCUGCACCGACGCCGAUUUCUCCACCAAGGCGGUGCUCACGACGGAGCUCGACGACCGGAGUAGGGCGAGGAUGAAGAGGUUGCAGAGGAAUCAUAUGGUAUAUGAUUACUGCAAGGAUAGAUGGAGGUUUCCUAAGGGACCUGCCCGUGAAUGCAAAUAUAAUUAGUUUUAUUACCUUCUAACAAAAAAA